GAGUGCGCAGCAGGUCUAAAGCGACAAUCACCACGGUUGCCUACCUUAAAUAUGGUAACCGAGUGGUAACCAUGUCUUUGAAUGUCAGGUUUGUCCUCGAGGUGCUGUCCUGCAGUAUAAUGGAAUAGACCCGGUCACGUUUCUUCAUGCAAGUUACUUUCCAGCCUUCCGAACCCGCCGCAUCACGAUCGGCGUGCAACGGUAUCCUGCCGUUACCGCGGUCUACUAGAGGCGAUCCGACCAUAUAAGAUUCCCCGACAUCCACUACAAUUCAACUCGUCCUCUUGUAUACUUUUCCCCUUGUAUCUCAUACCAUAAAAAUGUCUGGCCGCUCAUUCCCGGAGAGUGAUGCUCAUCGAGAAGCAGCUCGGCCAACCCUCCCUUCUGUUCGCGAACUUUUCCCAGAAUUAUCUCGUACUCCAAGACCUUCCGUAAUACCUCCUCCUUCCUGGGUGGGUUCAAAUCACGACCCAUACUGCGCACCACAUAUGGGUCAGUCAGAUGUCCUAUCUGGACCAGGCUUGCAGAGAAACCCUUCGACACCCUACCACCCUAUUUCUUCCCGUAGUUCACGACACGAAACGCACCCAACGCACCUCCAUCCAUCUCAUGAGCAUCCACCGCAUUCAAUGUAUCAUUCUCAGCAUCCACCGAAUCAAUUUUCUCGGUCAUCCACUAAUAGUGGCCAGGGACGGCCAGCCUAUGAUUACACGAGUCACCCAGGGCCCAGCUCAUAUCUGGAUUAUUCAAGGCAUCAGUAUGCCGGGCAAUCCAUGAUGGAGCCCCCAGGAUCAGCAUCUUAUAUUCCACGCUACCCCGAUGUACGGGGUCAGCAUUACCGUAGAGACUCUCAAGAGACUACAUCUAGUAUAGACGAUUCCAGUCCUCAUGCUAAUGCCGGGCCUUCAUCACUCAAAUACGAGUGCGACUACUGUGGUAAAGGCUUCAAUCGUCCCAGUAGUUUAAAGAUCCACCUGAAUAGUCAUACUGGCGAAAAGCCCUUUACGUGCACCUUUGAGGGCUGUGGUCGUAGUUUCAGCGUGCUCAGCAACAUGCGUCGGCAUGCUCGCGUGCAUGCCGAUGCCUCAGGACGCUAUCAUGAGGACAGCGACGAGUCAAACGACGCACAUUCACGUUCCGGGCGUUAGAGCGACAUGUGUUGUCCUCACGGAUGUAUACUAGGCACAUGCAAUCACUCCUAUUCGGGUCUCAUGAUCUUCGUUGCAUUUUUCACGGACAUUGCAUCAGUUGUUCAUGAUGGGCGGCACAUAUUUAUGGCAAUUUACGAGCAUUUAUUUAAUCGCAUGCACUUGCUGAUGAGCAUCAUACUCAUUACUCAUAUAUCUAUUCUAUACAGUCAUCGUCGCUAGUGUACUCGGGUGUAUCCAUUCCUUUUUAAUUAAUAGUGGUUUUCGGUGUUG